AGAAGACCAUUAAAGAUUUUCAAGACAGCGGCAGCAAACGGUCAGUUAACCAUCUUGUCUGACGGCUCUCUGAGGGCGAAUAAAACCAAGCGUUUCGUUUUUGUCUUUUGUUUUCUUUUGUUUUUGUUGCAUUUAAUUUGUCCUGAUGUCUGGUGAAGUGGAGGCGAGCACAGAGGAGCAGCAGGAGAUGCAGGACACUGUUGUAAGUCCAGAAAAGGCUGAGGAGGCCAAACUAAAGGCCCGAUACCCCCAUCUCGGGACCAGGCCCGGUGGGUCAGAUCUUUUGCGAAAAAGACUACAAAAAGGGCAAAAGUACUUCGACUCGGGUGACUAUAACAUGGCCAAAGCCAAGAUGAAAAACAAGCAGCUCCCGACAGCGGCGGCAGAGAAGACGGAGAUAACCGGAGACCACAUUCCCACCCCUCAGGACCUGCCGCAGCGAAAACAGUCUCUGGUGGCCAGCAAACUUGCUGUCUAGUGCCAUUCCUGCUGUCUUCAUCUCCAUUGUUCCCUCAAACGUUUUGUUUCUUUUGCUGUCUUUUCUUACUCUCUUUGUCUCCACCCUGUAGAAACACUCUCAAUAUGACGUUUUGAUAAAUAAGGGUAUGUACUGAUGACUGCUGCUACCAUUGCACUUGGGUUUAACCAUACAGCGACAUCGAUACCAAGGUUUAAACAUGGUAAUCUGGCCCAUAAAGUUUUUUAUGGGUUUUACACUUUUUUUCCCAUCACUUUUGAUCAUCUUUUUCUGCUUGUCUUGAAAUAAGACCUGCAUGAAUUGAUCAAAUGAACUAGACUUGAAAUAAUCACAUCUGCCUCUUUUGCCAAAACUGUGCCUCAUGGAAAACACAAAAGGCCUCGGAGAUGUUAGCUGACUGAGCUGAAGAAUAUGUAAGAGUUCAUUGAGAUUUGCUGUUUGCCUCCUAUUUGUUAAUUAUGAAAAUGGUCUUAAAACUGUCAGUUUCUCUCGGGCAGCGUUUGUUAGCCCACACUGAGGAGAGUGUUGACUCUUCGCUGGGUUCUCUAGGUUGUGCUGUCAACACUUGAAGCGGUUUAUCUGAGCUGUACAAACGUUUACUGUCACAACUGUGCCAUUUGUUUUGUAAAUAAACUAGUUUUGCACAUGU